AUGGCCCUUGAAGCGUCGGCGAGCUACAGUCCAAUCCCGGUGGGAGACGACGACGACGGCACGGGCGACGAACAGAGACUCGUCCAAGAGGCGGCACACAACGACAGUCACCACGAGGCUCCCAGUCACCAGAGACAAGAGUCGGAAUCAACAGACGUGCCUGUCAUUGAGAUAUCUCCACCCCCUUCACCUCCGUCACCCUUUUUACCUCCUACAAGGCUCUACACCGAGCGAUCCGAUCAUGUCCCUGUGCCCCAGACACCUCCACGGCACGAUACACAACCAGCCGCACAAUCGCCCGAGAAGCGGAGGCAUUCGAGUCAGAGUGGAUGGAGGGAACGCAUCUACAGUUCCAUCACGCCCUCACUUCACGAAGUCCUGGAGCUGAAAUACUCCCUUCACAACACUUCGAGAGAGUAUAGACACGACAAACAACGAAAGCGGCUUUUGCGACUGACCAUUGGUGAAUGGGUCAACAGCCUGAUCCUCUGCGUCGUAUACUUUGGCAUCCUCUAUGCCUAUUCCAAGAAGCUGACCAUCAGCGUACCCCAACGCCGAGAGUUCAACGCCCUCACCACCGGCGUCUCCCUUCUUCUCGGGGUCAACUUGGCGGCAUCGUUGCGCAGCUACGCGAAGCUCCUCCGCUGGCGAAUCCUGGCGGCGUGUUACCGACCGCUCGAGACUUUCGAUCUCGUCAUGGGCUGCGACAGUCUCAUGAACGUCAUCAAGCUCCUCUGGAAGGCGCGGAAUCGGGAACGCCGAUAUCUGCCGUCGAGGACUCAGGUUCUUUGUGUGCUGUGGCUCCUGGUCCACCUGGCCGUCACCGUCCUGGUGGGCAUCAUCGGUCUGAACUACAACUUAGACACGUCGAACGAUUACGUCCUCACGCGGAAAGGGGAAACGAGCAUCGUCGACCUGAACGCGCUUUCCACGGGCGACUAUCCGGCCGACCUGGCCGCCACGCAAGAAUGGGGUGUCCGCGGAGAAACCGCAACUGUGCUGAAUUAUAACAGCGACGUUGUCGAGUCUAUGCAGAGCUACUUCUCGUCCUCGGAUGGGUAUACAUACUACUACUUCCAGGACCAGAACGCGGACGACUCGGACCAGGUGAUCGUGUCAACCCGGUACAUCGAGUCCCAGGCUUACUGCCAAAGCUACGACGUCAUCCAAGGAGUGUAUGGCAACCUCUCGUACAUUGUCUAUCACGAUGGCGACAAGCACGUCAACAAGUCCCUCCCGGCGAGUCCGGGCCCAGGAGGCCUCCUGACAAUGUCAAAGUUGAACUCGACCUGCGGUUCAGGGUGUGUGGAAAUCCACACUUUCCAAGCCGCUGCGUACCCGGACGGCGGAAUUUACGAUGACGGAAUCGGGACGUAUUUCGUCUGCAAUAAUACAGUGGUGAGUCUUGAGGAAGCCCUUUGGGAUGUGUUGGUCUGCGUCUUCCCUAUUUUCGCCCCCCUUAACCUGACGGGCUGGGUGGCAAUCUACACUCCAUCAUGUUCCGUACAGCUGACGUCUUCACAGCCUCAGGUCGGGGACGCCUACAACGAAGUCACGAUCGACUAUGAAAUAUAUGCCAUCGUGGGCAGGAUGCUCGCGGGGGCGAUCGGGUGGAGCGACAACCCUCCGACGGCCGACGGCAAGGAAGAGUACGCCGUGUACACGAACUCGUCGCAGGUGGGCUUUCUGGGGGCGGCCGGCCCGCUGGAGAUGGCGGACCUGAUCUCGUCCUUCACCAUGGGGGCCAUCUCCUUCAUGGACAACUCGCCGGCCAUGUGGCGCAAGACGGUGACGAGCACGCGGCAGCCCAUCGCCGCGCAGGUCCUCAAGGUGACGUGGCGGUAUGCGGGCACCAUCCUGGCCGUCAUUCCCUUUAUCCACUUUUGCACGCUGGUCGCCGUCAUCCUGUGGGCCAACAAGGCCAUCAUCAAGGACGACAGCCACCUCGCCAUCGCAAAGGUCUACCACACCCUGCUCGCCCAGCUGGGCGACCGCGGCUGUCUGCUCCGCGGCGACGAGCUCGUCUCCGUCCUCGGCAAUCCCCACGUCGCGUACGGGUGGCAGGCCAGCAGCGAAUCCGACGGCGCCAUGCACGUCGACGUCUUCCAGGGCUUGAUGAGGGUCGAGAAGGUCUUUGCAGAAGGCAUGUACGACGGGAGCAGCAAGGUGAAUGAUAAUAGCAACACCACCACCAUUACCACCACCGUGCAUAAAGGGCAGCACAAGGGUUUACGCAAUCGUUAUCGGGACAUCGACGCGGCGGAUUACUUCUGA